AUGGAAAGUUUUAAUCUUGAAGAAACAUUGAAAAAGCAUUUACCAAAAGAAGAAUAUAGUAAAGUAGUUAAAAUUUUAUACGGAACUCCAAUAGAAUCAUUAAAUCUAAAAAAUUAUCAAGGAAAAAAUGACCUUGAAGUACAAGGCUACGAUUUUUUGCCUUGUACUAUAACUGAGUCGACUCCGAAGCGACGAGUCCGGGUAGGAUUGAUCCAGCACCAGGUGACAUACCCCACAGACCGACCCAUCAGUGAACAAUUGUCUGACAUCCAUCGUAAAAUUGAUGAUUAUAUAAAAUAUGCCGCUGCAAAUGAUGUUCAAGUGUUGUGUCUUCAAGAAGCUUGGAACAUGCCAUUUGCAUUUUGUACUCGCGAAAAAUACCCCUGGGUGGAAUUUGCGGAGGACGUUAACUCUGGACCGACGACAAAAUUAUUAUCAACACUUGCGCGCGAGAACAAAAUGGUGAUUGUGUCGCCCAUUUUGGAACGGGACACUGUUCACGGUGACACCUUGUGGAACACUGCGGUCGUAAUUGACAACUACGGCCAGGUUCUGGGCAAGCACAGGAAAAAUCAUAUUCCAAGGGUCGGGGAUUUUAACGAGUCGACUUAUUACAUGGAAGGUGACACAGGUCACCCGGUUUUUCAAACUGAUUAUGGAAAAAUUGCUAUAAAUAUUUGCUAUGGGCGCCAUCAUCCUCUCAAUUGG